AUACAAAAUCAAUUACACUCAUUCAUCGACCACCGAUAGUAGAAUGACUCAUGGAGAAUCUCCUUUUCCGUUAAAAAACCUCCAAUUAAGCUCCUGCGAAAGCUCACUAUCUUCCUUUCCACGAGUGCGGAAUGACUGUGAAGGAAGUUGUCAAUUUAACGAAUUGCCUGUGGAAAUUGGCCGACAAACGGUUGGAUGUAUAUAAAAAAGUUGACAAUAGUUUCGGUCCAUUAUUUCCUACCUCACAAAUCGAUUAUUUCCCAUUUUGGUAUCCAGUUCAUUUUGUGAUUGAAAAAAAUGAUAGGUCGGUGCGGGGAGUGAAGUUAAGUUAUGCCAUCAAGUGCAAGAUGAACGAUGAUCUUCCAUCCAAGAUGACUCAAGAUAAAAUACAAUAUGGAAUCAAGCCGUCGAUUGCAGAUAAGGCAUCACCACCUAAGGAUACCUUUUACUUGAUAUACAUAACUUUUUUUCUGAUUGGGGUGCUUCUACUUCUACCGUUUCAUUUUUUCACCACCGCCAGUCACUACUGGAUGUACAAAUUUCGCAACACAACCAUAGCCGAAAUAACAGUAGAAGACCGCACUUGGUGGCAGAUAGAAUUCGCAUCAGUGCUGACAAUAAUAUCGCAGACGACCAGUAUGUGUUUCAACCUGUUGGUGACCUUGAUCAGGUACAAACUCAACACCAGAAUAACGAUCUUGUGCGCGAUUUCCAUGAUUCUUAUUCUUUUCGUGACGGUCCUCAGCUUCAUUUUCGUCAAUACGGACGCAUGGCAAAAUCAGUUUUUCUUGUUAACGAUGGCCACUGUAGCUGGGAUAAAUUCGAUGAAAUCCUUCAUCAACAUCAGCAUCUACGAGGUGAUCUCCUCCUUCCCCCCUAGCUACCUCAUCCCAUACUUAAUAGGCCAGGGUACAGCUGGCAUCUUUUCCGCAGUAUUCCAAAUAUUAUCACUAGCCAUAGGAGCCGAUUCCAAACUGACGGCAAUAAUAUACUUCAGCUCAGGCAUAGCGUUCGUUAGCUUCACCCUGAUGAUGUUCGUACUGUCGCUACAGACUAGCUUCUACAAGCAUCACGUGACGACAGGACUGAUAACGAAAAGAACUCAAGUUCUGAGCUACACCGAGGUUUUCCAAAUAUUUCGGAGGAUGUGGACCAGUGUGGCAAUAAUGGGUCUGGUCAUAUUCACGGUGUUGCCGGUGUAUCCUGCGGUGGCGUCUUUGGUCGUUUCCGACAGCCUGGGCGAUGGCAAGUGGAAUGACCUUUUUUUCGUACCAGUGACGACAUACUUCAUGUACUGCAUAUCUGAUGUAUGUGGGAGGAUAACAGCAUCCAAAGUGAAAAAGAAACUCAACGGUCCGUCCCUGGUUAUAAUAUCCCUUUUUCGGUUUCUUCUUUUUGUACCCGCCGUGAUGAUGUGCAAUGCUCGCCCUAGGAGAAAUCUACCGGUGCUGUUUCCGCACGAUUGGCAGUACAUGAUCAUCAUAAUAACAUUUGGUGCUUCCUCUGGAUAUUUGGCCAAUGUGGCUUAUAUAAACGUAGAAAACUUGGUUCCUUCGGAUGUCAAGACUGAUGCCUUUUCCCUCCUGUCUACCUCGAAUGGAGUCAUCCUUUUCCUAGCCUCUUUCAUGGGUCAAGUGUGUGUCCAAAUUUUGUGAUAAGAAUUUUUAUAAACAAAAAGUUCCCGUUGUCGAAAUCAGUAUUUUUGAACGAUUAAUAUAACCGUAAACACUUUUUCAAAAAACCAGUGUUUUAUUCAAUUCCCUAACCGAUAUUUUCAAAUAAACUCCUCUCGAAGAAUGAUUCAAUAAAUAAAUACAAUAGUAAUCUAGAACUUUUGUUAAUUUUACAAUAA